AGCAGGUGGCUCCUCGCUCCUUUGAUCUUGACGACUUAGACAUUUACUUUAUUUACCAACCAUUUUAUCGAUCUUGUUCUUGUGAUGCCAUUUCACGACAUUCACUGUUUGUUAAUGUUUCACGGGAAUCCAUCCUGACUGGCAUAUAGGAGCUCAAUCUGGUAAACUACUUUCAUAUUCAUUUUUUUGGUUUCAAUAAAGGGACGAUUACUUCUAUGCGGCCUUGUUCGCCUUCUCUCGAACGUCUAUUCUGAUAAAUUGGCGAAGAAUUUGUAUCAUCGAAGAGGCGCAAAAUAAAGAUAAUCAUGUCGGACGUGGAUGAGCUACUGAUUUCCUCGUCCAAUGAGGAGCAUGUGAAAGAUGACGCGGUCUCCGGCGACGACAGAGUCGUCGAGGGGAGGGAGGCGGCCACGGGCGCUGACAAAAUGUCGGAUGUAGAUGAAAAGGAGGAGCAGUACGAUGAGGAUGACGAGCCUGCUGCAGGGUCCGCUCGGAAGGCAAGUGGAGCGACGAGUGACGUUGAGAAGGAGUCAAAAGCAGCAGAUGAUGUCGUCGUUUCGGCCGCUGGUCAACAACAAGAUGGGGAGGAAGAACCUGCUCGCGCCCCGAGACAUUUUCCCGGGGAAAUCGCGAGCUCGUCCCACAUGAGUCUGGAAAAGAAGGAGAUGCUGCGCAGGCGGCUCGAGGAAGCAAAGGCCAAAAGGGCGGGGCAAGUCAAGAAAGCUUGUAGUACAUGCUUCUGCACUUUUGCUGUUUGAUAUAAUGUUCUUUGGGGUACCAGUACCGCUGUACAGAAGUCAAACUACAAUCUGAAUGUGGAAGCAUAGAUCAUACGUAGCGAAUAUGUACUAUUUUUGUGUUACGAUCAUGAUAUUGUUAAUUUUCUUCAACAGCAGCCGGAGAAGCUGGCGAUCCGAAGGACCGAAAGCGGAAGACCUCUGGCGCGGAAGGACAAGACGGUGAAAGAAGCCCACGCUCGGUACCACACGUUGUUUCGUUUACAGUGCCGUUUCGAGCGCAGUUAUUGUGAUUUUUUAUCAAUUUCAAUAUACAAUUUGCACGAAAUGUUUCCCGGUGGGGCAGUCUAUCGUGCAAACUAUGAGUCAGGAUCUGAAGUACUAGAACAGUGAAGACAGCAAAUUAUCAGAAGAAAUGGAAUACAAACAACAGCCGGAGAGCACCAUGCGGGUACGAGGCAGGGGCCGGCACGAAAAAAAGAAUAAGGGACCGGUUGUCUUGAAAUCUCGGGAACAGGUUAUGCGAGAAACCGGAAAACCCAGGCCGGAAAUUAUUGGCGAUGAAUUUCAAGGUUAGUCUUAGUCCAACUUCCCCCUUGUCUAUAGUCGUUUCAAGUCGAGUUCCUUUACGAGGGGACCUCUUUGCCAUGCAUUUCCAGUUAAGUUUCAUCAUACAUAGUGAAUGCUCAUUGAUUUAUCGUCAAGUUCUACUUCUACUAUGCUGCAUGCUCACUGUAGCGAGAAAAAUUCUGUUGUGGAUAGAAAGCAAACACUUAAUCAUUUUUUACAACUCCUCUGCCAGGUUACAGCUUUGUCUCAGCGCCUCCCCCCGUUGCGCCGACUCAGCAGAUUUAUUCCGUCUUACCGCCGUCUUUGCCCCGCGACACCCUGAUUGCGGUACAGGAGACUGUUUCCUUUUUUUUUGUGUUGGGAGUGUAUAAAGUUAAAAGAUGAACCAACACGUUGUAAAUCAAUACUGGCUUGGUACUAGCAGAGACACAGGACGAAGACAAAGAGACUGGGAUAUUCGGGUUGAAAGGCAUUGAUUGAUAGUGUACGCUUACUUAUUUCAUCAACAUACCUCAGGUCACUUUAGAGGACGGGCGAAAGGUAUUGACCCAUGCAGGGGAGCGCAUUCCGCCGUCAGAGCUCGCGACACUGCCGGUCGUGAUAACGCGAAACAAGCGCAAGAAGCGGUCCAAGUCCUCGUCGAACGGAGAACCGGGGGACGCGGUCGUUGUGAAAAAAAAGAAGAACAAGAAGGCACAGCACUCGUCGGACGACAGAGACGAGGAUCGAAAUCAUCGGAUGAAAAACGACGACGAGGAUCGCCGAGAAGACGAGGAGCGCCCGCGGCGGUCGGGCAUUGUGCUGAAGAAGGCGAGGAACCGGAAAAACAGUGUUCAGCGAACAAAUGGAGUAGACGCAGCGGACGAGGACGAGAGAGUGAAAAAUAAUCAAUUUGGCCGCGCGGACAACCGUGACAGAAGGGGCGAUCACAGCCGGGGACGGGGUGGGGACGACAACAAGGCCAGACGGGGGGCGGGACACCCGCACGAGCCCAGCAGUCCGGCGCGUGAGGGCGGCCGGCUCCGAGACGGCUACAAUGGCAGUAGGCAAGGGCAUGCAGCCACGGAAAACAGGUCGCGGCACGGGUCGAAGCACAAUCAGGACGUCGAUGUUGGCGGUGGCAGAAAGCACGCGCGGAUGCGCUCGAAUUCUCGGGGGGCCGCACGAAAGCCGUCCGUGAAGCGAGACGAAGUCGUCCCCUCGAGGAACGCUAGAUCAAAACAAAAGGCUCGGUCGGCCUCCGAGGACGGUGACUUUUUUCGCGGUAGCUCCGCGAAGCCUUUGGCGAACCACCGCGGGCGGCGUUCGCGGACGCCGGCAAACCGACGUGGUGGGUACUCGCCGCGCGGCGGGGGGCGAAGGAACAACCAUUCUCGGGGCCGCCGCGACUCCCGCGAUCGCGGGCGGAAGGGCAAUGGGUACAACAACCGCAACACGGUCGGGGGCUACAACGGCGGUGGUCGCAACAACUUCCGCGGGGGCAACUACAACAACCGAAACAACCGGCGCGGUGGAGGCGACUCGCGAGGGCGCAACCACCGAAACAACGACUCUCGGGGUCGGGGGCGCGGCCGCACGGGUGGUCACCGCAGCCGAUCGCGUUCCAACAAGUACAAUAACCAAACGCGGCGAUCUCCGCCUCGCGUCGAGCAGCGAUUGCCGCCGGUUCCCCGCCGUGAUUUUUCCACUUUCCCAAGCGCAGGAGGGGCAGUUUCCCUUCCUGCGGGGACGGACAACAAAAAGCCCGACCCCGCCCCGGCGCAGCCAAACGUAGCAGACAGCACCGCGGCUCCGCCGGCCGCAAACAACGCGGAAACCAAAUCCCCCGGCCGGACCAGCGAAAAGAACCGGAGGAACUCUAGGUCCGGCUCGCGGUCCCGGUCGCGGUCCCGGUCUAGCAGCAAUAGUUCGAGGUCGUCUAGCAGCAAUAGUUCCAACGCAAGCGGCAAAAAGCACUACUGUGUCGGCAAGCGGAUGUCGCUUAUCAACCUGCAGGGUCACAAGGACUUGAACGGGGUAAGUACUUACUAUACUUCGAGCUUGAUUGUUUUUUUUUUCGGAGCGAUCCAUUCCGCGUAGUUGCGACGGAUGAUAUCGCUAAGUCAACAAUCUGAAGAUUCCCUGAACAUCAAACGGAAUAAAGAAACCUUACACGACCAACUACAUGCAACCAUUCAGGUAAAAGGCACGGUGUUGAUGAAGGUAGGCAUCAAAUUGCGGGUGGCGUUAGACAACGGGCGUGAAGUGGUGGUGCAGCGGCGUAACUGUGGAUUCCAUUCUCCUUUACCUGACGACGUGGAAAAGGAGUUUCCUGGCGCUCCAGCUGUUGGUGCAGCACCGGAUACGACAACUGCCACGGCCGCCCAGCCACCGGCCGGCGAAAGCGGCGAAGCGAAGACGGGCGAAACCAAGGUAGAGCAGGCAUCGAGCGAUGACCGAAAAGAUACCCGCACUUCGUCUUCCGCCUCUUCCCCCGCGAAGGACGUCUCUAUCCCAUCUAAGUCGAACUGAGGCACGGGUCUUUCACCAAUAUCGGGGAAAAAUGGAGACUGACCUACCUAGGUGCAGCGAGCCUACCUAGAUGCUAGUUGAUCGCUUUCUGGACUUGGCCCAUAGUUGUAAUAUUUAUGUAUUCUUUUCUAGUAGCUUGACACGACCGCGGGUGCGGGAUGAUGAUGAUGAUGAUGAUGAUGAGAAGGGGGCGUUUGGGUUUCAUUCAAAACACAGGGAGCGGAAAGAACAAUCUUUUCUUGAGCUCCUCUUUUGUUCUGUCGCGUAUCAUGUUGUACCUCGUACCUAUACAGCAAACGCCGAUUUUCGAAUUUCACUCAUCUCCCUCCGUGAAUAGAACAGCGGAGGUAACUUGCCGCAUCACUAACUGUCGCGUAUUCUCAACACCCCCGCGCGGCGGACACAAUCUCGCUUGGGUGGGAAAACGAAAAAGCAAUCAUCUAACGACCACUUAGCACGUGAAUCUUAAACGACUACACAUCGAAAAUGCGAAUGCGUGAGACGCAUUGAUAUGUAU